AUGUGCGAGGGAGCGGAACUACCUAGUGGAGGCGAUGGGUCGGAAGGUGGGCGAGUCUUAGGUAAUCCCCAAGAAAAGAUGUACAAGACACAUCCUCGCCACAAUCAUAACCCCGCCAUCACAGACACAUCCUCGCCACAAUCACAACCUCGCCAUCACAGACACAUCCUCGCCACAAUCAUAACCCCGCCAUCACAGACACAUCCUCGCCAUCACAGACACAUCCUCGCCACAAUCACAACCUCGCCAUCACAGACACAUCCGCCACAAAUCACAACCUGCCAUCACAGACACAUCCUCGCCACAAUCACAACCUCGCCAUCACAGACACAUCCUCGCCACAAUCAUAACCCGCCAUCACAGACACAUCCUCGCCACAAUCACAACCUCGCCAUCACAGACACAUCCUCGCCACAAUCACAACCUCGCCAUCACAGACACAUCCUCGCCACAAUCACUACCCCGCCAUCACAGACACAUCCUCGCCACAAUCACAACCUCGCCAUCACAGACACAUCCUCGCCACAAUCACAACCUCGCCAUCACAGACACAUCCUCGCCACAAUCAUAACCCGCCAUCACAGACACACAUCCUCGCCACAAUCACAACCUCGCCAUCACAGACACAUCUCGCCACCAUCACAACCUCGCCAUCAAAGACACAUCCUCGCCACAAUCACAACCUCGCCAUCACAAACACAUCCUCGCCACCAUCACAACCUCGCCAUCACAGACACAUCCUCCGCCACCACAACCUCGCCAUCACAGACACAUCCUCGCCAAUCACAACCCGCCAUCAAAGACACAACACCAUCCUCGCCAUCAGACACAUCUCGCCACAAUCACAACCUCGCCAUCACAGGCACAUCCUCGCCACCAUCACAACCUCGCCAUCACAGACACAUCCUCGCCACAAUCACAACCUCGCCAUCACAGACACAUCCCCGCCACCAUCAACUACAUCGAUUGAACCAUAAGCUGGCACCCAUGAUAACAAGGAUA